AUGGGUACUGCAUGUUCUUCAGAAAAAAUAAAAAUCUCUCCUACUAUUUCAACUUGUGAUUUAAUAAAUAAUGAUAAUCCUUUUUUUGAUAUAACUCAUGCUAUAAUUUAAAAUAUAGAAUUAAUUGGAGAACUAGAAACAGCACCAUUUAUUGUAUAAUAAUAUUCAAAGAGAUUGUAAAUAUAAUGUUAACCAUUUAAAUCUAUAUUGGAAAGACUUGAAAAUGAUGAUUAGAAUUAACUCAAAAUCUGGAAUUUGCUUGUUGGAACUUUGAAGAAUUUUUCUGGUAUUUUAAAAGAAGCUCUUAAGAACAUUCAUUUUAUAGAAUAUCUUCCAAUAAUAUCAUAUAAUUUUUAAGAAUUAUAAAAAGACUUAGACAUUUAUAUAGGUUAUAAAAAAGGGGAGAUUAAAAGAGCUCAAUCGAAUAUCAUAUAGUCAAAAAUAAUUCGCAUUUAAAAAAGACAUUAAACUGAUAAAAUUUGA